AUGAAUUUCGACGAAAAUCCUACCGGCGCUAACCGCCAACGUUACAAUGUAUAUGAGAGCUACGGAAAUCUAUUUUCAGUAGUAAACAGAGGAGUUCCCCGUCCACCAAGAAGAGGAUGUGGCCAGACACGAUCCCGUCAGGGAUAUCAAACAGCGCGAGUUGAAACAAAACGAAGGAUUGAAGGUGCUAAAACUACUGUUGGCAUUGAUGCUAUGAUUAAAUCGACCUUACAUCCUGGAGCCAAGUCAAGUGAUGAUUUGCUAUCUAAGAUCGGAGAGAACCAUACCCUUAAAGCUAUUACGUUAACAAUUACGACACGAGGAAUUGGGUUAGUUCUGGAAGCAAAGUUAGAAAAUUUGAAAACUGCUUAUCCUCUGCCUGCCCGUGAUACUGAAUUAGCGUAUCCAUACCAAGUUGAUGCUGAUUUAUUGCACGUCGCGCAAACUGUUACUAUUGCACCUGAGCCAAUUAAAAGGUUGAUUAACGCUGUUGGCAUAAUUAACUAUGAUGAAGGGGUCUACAUUCCAAAUGUUUCGAGAGCCGCCACAGAUCUAUUUCAAUUUGCAUGA